GUUGCAUAUAAAGGUCUGCUGGAAGCUCGGUUCUUCACAUCUUCUGAUGAGAUUACUUUUUAGCAUCUUUCCUAUCCUAGAUUGAGCGAGCCCUCGAUCUUAGACGUCUCCGACCCUCAGUCCAGGCUGAUCCCCUGUCAGGCACAGCCAGAGUUUUUGCUCUCUGCCGAAGAUGAUUACAAGUGUGCUUUCCACAUUCACAUCCCUAAGCACCUUCUCGGUCACAGAGCUUCUUCUGGCCUCUGCUGUCUUUGGCCUGGCCUUCUGGAUCAUUGAAUCUUACUCUCAAAAGAUCCCAAAAGGCCUCAAGAGCCCACCCGGACCUUGGGCUUGGCCCCUGAUUGGCAACAUCCUGACGCUAGGGAAGAAUCCCCACUUGGCCCUGGCCCAGCUGAGAGAGAAGUAUGGCGAUGUGAUGCAGAUUCAGAUCGGUUCCACCCCGGUGCUGGUUCUGAGUGGCCUGGAAACCAUUCGCCAGGCCCUGAUAAGGCAAGGAGACGACUUCAAGGGCAGACCUGACCUCUACAGCUUCUCCUUAAUUGAAGAUGGCCAGUCCAUGUCUUUUGGCCCUGACACGGGGGAGGCGUGGGCGGCUCGGAGGAAGAUGGCUCAGAAUGCUCUGAAGACCUUCUCCGUGUCCUCUUCCCCAUCCUCUUCCUCCUGCUACCUGGAGGAACAUGUGAGGAAGGAAGCUGAAUGCUUGAUCCAGAAGUUCCAAGAGAAGAAGGGCCCCUUUGACCCCUUCAGAUACGUGAUGGUGUCCGUGGCCAAUGUCAUCUGUGCCAUCUGCUUUGGAAAGCGCUACAAUCAUGAAGAUCAAGAACUACUCAGUAUCAUCACUCUGAGUACUAAGUUUGGAGAAGUCACUGCCUCUGGGAAUCCGGCUGAUUUCAUCCCUCUGCUCCAAUACCUGCCCAGCAGCAAGAUGACCGACUUCCGGGACCUGAAUGAGAAAAUCACUAACUUUGUUCAAAAGUUGGUGAAUGAACAUUAUAAGAAGUAUGAAAAGGGCUGCAUUCGGGACAUCACAGACAGCUUAAUUGAACACUGCCAGGAAAGGAAGUUGGAUGAGAAUGCGAAUGUCCUGCUGUCAGAAAAGAAAAUUGUGAACAUCGUCAUAGACCUCUUUGGAGCUGGCUUUGACACCAUCACCACGGGCAUUUCCUGGAGUCUCAUGUAUCUUGUGGCAAAGCCUGAGAUCCAGAAGAAGGUCCACGAGGAGCUGGACACAGUGAUCGGCAGAGCGCGCUGGCCCAAACUCUCAGACAAACCUCAGCUCCCCUACCUGGAGGCCUUCAUCCUGGAAACCUUCAGGCAUUCUUCCUUCCUCCCCUUUACCAUCCCCCACAGCACAACCAGGGCCACCACCUUGAAUAACUUCUACAUUCCCAAGGGACGCUGUGUCUUCGUGAACCAAUGGCAGAUUAACCAUGACCCGAAAAUAUGGGGGGACCCAUCAGAGUUCCGGCCAGAGCGAUUUCUCAGUGCAGAUGGAACUAUCAACAAGUCCCUGAGUGAGAAGGUGAUUAUGUUUGGUCUGGGGAAAAGGAAGUGCAUUGGGGAGACAAUUGCCCGGUGGGAAGUCUUCCUCUUCCUGGCCAUCCUCCUGCAUCAGAUGGAGUUCAGUGUCCCCUCUGGAGUAAAGGUGGACUUGACCCCAAUUUAUGGACUGACCAUGAAGCAUGCCAGCUGUGAGCACUUCCAGGUUAAGCUGCGCUCUUAGAAGAACUGAAGGCUCCAGGAUAGGAUGCUGCUGUUUUCUCUGGCCUGCUCCAACAGUCUGGAGGGAGGCUUCAGACUGAAGCUGAUGAACGCUUGCCCACCUCUGGUGCUCUGACUUCUGACAUCCUGAUGUUAUCCCCUAAAGAGGGGCUGCUUCAUCCUCCAACCCCUGACCUUUCCUCUUGGCUCCCAGGAGCCUACCCCUUCUUGGCAUGAAGGUUAAAGGGACAAGGCUCCCCACUAAAAGAAUGUUUAUAUGCUGUUCUUGGGUUUAAGAGACUUGGCUGGGGAAGAGAGCCCUGGGCCUUGGAAAACUUUGGGCAAAGUGUUUGAGAACUCUAAGAGAGAGGACAUGGGACUAGCCGUUUACACUUGGCCCUUUCCAUUAAGGUAUGAGAUUUGUUCCUCUGCAGAAAGGAGGCAAGAUCAAGGUGGGUUCAGGGAAGAGAGUUGUCAGGUGGAAAAUCAAAAAAUAGAGCUUGCCUCCAUGAUUGACAUUGGGCCAAUCUCAGUUUCACAAAAAUGUUCCAGAUCCCAAGUCAUGGACCAGCACCUUUCAUAUAGUAGCAUGAGUCCGGCAAGCUCCUAUAAAUUCAAUAUAGGUCUAAUUGGUCCAAUGAACUCCACAGCGAGGACCAACUUCCUUCCACCUUCACCAUGAGCCUUUGUGUUCUAAUGCCUCUUUUUAGUCAUUUUUCUGAUGAGCCAGUGACUGAGUGGCAUCUAAUGAGUUUCGAGGAGUAGGAAUAUAGGGUCCAGGGCCCCAUGACCAUGUAACAGAAAAUGGAAUAAAUUAUACGAGAUGCUGCCUACUUUUUUCGAUCCAUCCCUUAAGCUCAUCCGCUUGGACCAAGCCUUUGUAUUUAAGUCUUCAGCAUAUUAGUAUUUAGUGUAUUAUUACACUAGUAAUGUGUAUACACAUACACAUACAUAGUAGUGUAUUGUUUGGAAAAGGACUAUUGAU